AUGGUAUUUGACGGAAAAAGAAUGAGAAAAGCAAUUCAAAGAAGAACAGUAGAUUAUAAUCACAGUGUUGCGAGAUGGAUGCAGGAACGAGUAUGGAUACGUGAUAAAAGAGAUAUCAAGUUUCUAAGACCUGAUCCCAACUUUAUAAUUGAUCUUUUACCACCUGUUGCAUAUAUUGACAAUCCCAUGAAUUCGGUAACAACCAAAUUUGUUCAUACUUCAACCAACAAAGUGAGAUACCCUGUGAAUGUGGUGAAGUGGACACCUGAAGGACGACGUUUGAUCACUGGUUCUUCAAGUGGUGAAUUCACUCUUUGGAACGGCCUUACAUUCAACUUUGAAACCAUUUUACAAGCACACGAUUCAGCCGUACGCGCAAUGAAUUGGUCGCAUAACGACAAUUGGAUGGUCACCGGUGACCACAGUGGAGUGAUCAAGUAUUGGCAGUCCAACAUGAGCAACUUGAAGAUGUUUCAAGGCCAUAAAGAAGCGAUCCGAGACUUGACAUUUGCUCCUUCAGAUACCCGCUUUGCCACCUGUUCGGAUGACUCCAUGAUCAAGAUUUGGGAUUUCAAUACAGGAACAGAAGAAAAGGCACUCUCGGGUCACGGUUGGGAUGUCAAGUGCGUCGAUUGGCAUCCUUAUAAGGCAUUGCUCGCUUCUGGUAGUAAAGAUAACCUCAUCAAGCUUUGGGAUCCAAAGACAGCAAAGAAUAUUACAACAUUGCAUGGACAUAAGAAUACAGUACUGGCAUUACAGUGGAAUCAAAACGGAAACUGGCUAGUCACUGCUGGUAGAGACCAACUUGUUAAAGUAUAUGAUAUUCGAACCAUGAAGGAAUUACAAAUAUUUAGAGGCCACAAGAAGGAAAUUUGCUCUGCCAAAUGGCAUCCUCAACAUGAAAGAUUACUAGCCACAGGUGGUUCAGAUGGUUCAUUGAUGUUUUGGAUGGUGGGUCAAGACCAACCUGCGGGAGAACAAGAGACGGCACAUGAAUCAAAUGUCUGGUCUUUAGACUGGCAUCCUGUCGGUCAUAUCUUGGUAUCUGGUUCAAACGAUCACACAACUCGUUUCUGGACUCGACCACGUCCUGGUGAGUUAUCGACAGGCAAAUUUGAUUCUAGCCAACAAUUUGAGGAAGAACAAGUGCCUUCUAAGCCAGAGCAUGAUCAAAGACAACAAUAUACAGAAUUACCACCAUUUAGACCCAACAUCAUGCCCUCUCAAAAUAAAUUAGAACCACCACCCUUCAGACCUGCAGGCGCACGAAGAAAGUAUUGGCCAGAGGCGCCAGUAAAGAACUAUUGA